UCCAGCCUUUCCGCCGACCGGCGCAACGGCGGCGAGCUCGCUGUUCGUCGGAAUGACCUCCCGUCCCGGCCCCCCACCGUUUGCGGGAGUCGUACGGUGGCGGGGAUUGCUGUUGCCAAUGGGGCAGAAGAUGGACUACCUUCUUCCAGGUAGAUGCAGUGCAGGCCCCUCGCCGCACCUGCGACGGGCUACCUCCUCUCCUCAACCCCAGAAAUCGGGAGAAUGAACAACAGAAUACUAUCGGGAAGAGACACAGGGGCUUUGACCAGAGGCUAUGUGAAGGAGCUCAAGGUUGCUGUGCCUAAAAAACCGGGGUUUAAAGCUUUUGUGAAUGCAACUUCUCAUAAUGUCAGUGGCUAUUGCAUUGAUAUCUUUGAGGCUGCUGCGAAGAAACUACCACAUGUUCUUCAUUAUGAGUUCGUUGCCGUUGAUGGUUCUUAUGACGAACUAGUACGCAACGUGUCUUCGAGGAACUACGAUGCAGUAGUGGGUGACAUAACUAUAACCGCAGAGCGAGCUGUAGACGUGGACUUCACGAUGCCAUACACCGAGUCAGGCGUGUCACUGCUUGUGCUCACCGAGAAUGACUCCAAGUCAGCAAUUGAAUGGGUGUUCCUAAAGCCACUAACACCACAACUUUGGUUAGCACUUAUGGGGGGAUUCUUCUUCACUGGACUUGUUGUGUGGACGAUCGAGUGGCCCAGAAACCCGGAGUACCAAGGAUCGAGUUUGAGACAGUGCAGCACUGCUCUCUACUUUUCUUUCUCGACUUUGACAUUUUCUCAUGGUCAAAUUAUUAGAAGCCCCCUGUCGAAAAUUGUUGUGGUGAUAUGGUGCUUUGUUGUGCUGGUUAUAGUGCAGAGCUACACAGCUAGCUUAUCAUCCAUUUUGACUGCAAAGAGGCUCCGGCCCUCAGUGACAGAUCUUGAGCAGCUCCGAUCAAAUGGUGAUUAUAUUGGAUACCAAUCUGGAUCAUUUGUACGUUCUGUCUUGAUAAAAGAAGGCUUCAACGUCAAUAGGCUAAAGGACUAUCCGAAUAAAGAGGAAUAUGCUAAAGCUUUGAGGAAGGGAUCAAAGAGUGGAGGUGUCUCAGCUAUCGUUGAUGAGAUCCCAUAUAUAACCUCGUUUCUCUCUGACCCUAAAUACCGUAAUGAAUUCCAGAUGGUUAAUCGCAUAUACAAGACACCUGGACUUGGUUUUGUGUUUCCUCAAAAAUCUCCGCUGGUGCAUGAUCUUUCGGUUGCCAUCCUGGACCUUGGGGCUGAGGGCUCACGAAUUGAAAAGAAAUGGUUAGGCACAGAAACACCAUUGCCCAGCUAUGGCAUCGCCAACACGGACGCAACACCUCUCACUUUGCGAAGUUUCUCUGGUCUCUUCAUCAUCACUAUAUGUAUGUCAGCUCUCAUGCUGUUGAUAAGCAUUGCCAAGUCGGUUCAUGCCAAAUACACCAAAGUGAGGGAUUCUGAUAUGCAGAGUGCCGAUGGAGAUGGCGGAAGUGAAGGCCACAGAGGAUUUGGUCCGCUGCAGAACGACAUGGGCAAUGGGUCUAUGGCUGAUCAACCCCACCAUGAAGCCAGAAAUGAGCAUCCUCAGGGUGUCACUGGGAUCAGAGAAGGUCCUGGUGAUGUAGACUCUGUGCCCGAACACGCCAUCCUAAUCGAGAUGAACACCCGAUGAGAUGCCGACAACUGUUCUGCAUAGCGCGCAUCAGAUCAGAAGAAAUGAAAAAUACUUUCGUUCCGUCUUAUGGGGAUAUUCACCAAUGCCCAUAUCAUACCCUAGCUAGGAAUAGCAGGUUCUGUGACUGAUACCCAGAUUAAUUUAUUUUCUGAAUUUGAUGUUGUUGGUCUUAUUUUCGAAAGAGUGUAUAUAUGACCACUGACAGGCGAGUGCCAAGGUAAUCCUAGUAUCUGCCGGAAUUAACAACAUUUGUCUGAUUUAUACCUU